UAGGAAAACUAGAUAAUAGUUUGUCGGAUAAACUGUCGUACAGCUAAUGUUAUAUUGAAUGUUUCAUUGUGAUUUGCCAUAAAAGUGAAGUUUGAAAAGACAUACGAAAUAUAGAAAACAAACAAAACAAAUAUUGUUGCAAAAGUCCAAAAGAUCAAUGAACUAACAUGGUGACAAAUGAUAAGCCAAGGUAAGUGUAUCACACUUGUACAGACUGCAGUAGCUUUGAAAGACGGAGCGGUUUUCACAAACGAUCUGCUGUUAUAUAGAACUUCACUCUUUCCCUGUAGUACGAGGUUCUGCUGGGGAUCAAUCUGUCCCGUACAAUAUCGCCUUAGCACUACGGUAGCCAGACAUCUACAUGAAUGAAUCAUCCCUGAGUCAACUGAAAUAGAACGCAGAAAAACUCGAGUGACAUAAGUUUAGUACAUCAGAUCACAGACGAGUGUUAGUUGAAUAGUAUAGCAACAGGAUUGACCAUUUAAGGUGUUGAUUGGUGAGUUUGAGUAGUGCUUAGUGACCUAUGGCUAUACUUCUGUCAUCCAUGCUAGGAAAAUGGAAGAAGCCAUUACAAACAAUCACGAAACCGAAGUCAACGAGAAGAACGUUCCAGAAGAAAGAACCACUCUACAUGACAAACACCACUCUCAAACCUCCACCGGUGAAGACUGUGUCAGUAUUCACAAAGAAACGGAACAAUCCUGUUUUUAUAAACCUUUACCAUCACCCAUGCUUCGACAAAGAAAACAGCCAAUCUCUAUGUUCGAAAUACAACCAAACGUCACAGAAAUCAUAGAAGUACAAGAAAUUUGCAUCGAAACAGGAGCACAACAAUGUGUGAAGGAAUGUGUGACAGUUUUACCAGAAUUGACUUCGAGUGUUUCAGAUGAAACUAAAUUACCAUCCGAAUUACACACCACUCGUUCUGUGCCGACAACUUCCGACAUACAACCCGAGGUAAAUGUUCGUCAAUCGCCGACUUCUAGCUUCAUUCUGUAAAUACAUACUCAAUCCAGUUUUUAUUCACAGAUCAGUGACUCGCGCCACCAAGACUGGCGUAAAGUGGUGAUAGGGAAGGAUAAUGGAUGGAUAGGUUCAGGAUCUAAACUGGACACUCCACGUAUCCCAAUGUGUCCACCAACACCACCAGUGUCCCCUAGCGUCAGAAGAUCCCUGGGUGUACUCAAGACGCCCGCGUGGGCCUUGAGAAUGUAUCGGGACCCGGAGAAAAUUGAGAAUAAAAGUAGUCCAUCCUUAAGACGUCGAUCACUAGUGCUUCCUGUACAAGCCAAGCAAAGUCCGUGUUCUUUGAGGAGAAAAUCUUUAGUCUCGCCUGAUGUAACAGAGCUAACGACUCGUAAAGAUUGGAUGAACUAUAAUCAACUUAGGUAAUAGUAUAAAACAAGAGUAAUUGAAUGUAGAUGCAUGUAGGUAGAUUGAAUAUAUAUGGUAUAUAUUAUACAUAACAUCUAUUUCUCUCAUUCUUUUUUGUCCAAUUCGUUCAUAUUUUUUGACAGCAAUUCAGCUGAAGACGUAAGGAAACCAAGCGACGAGAAACUUCUGAGUUUUGAAAAUGAAAAUAAUGCACAAGAUGAAAGUAAGUUUUAUACCAUUUUUCCAAUUCUAAACUUGCAAAACAGCGUAGGAACGAGUAGAAAUACAAACACAAGCCUUACUAUCUUGCGCAUUCAGAAAUACAGUUGGUAUAAAUAACUAAAACUUCGCACUCUUGCCGCUUCAACAUUGUUCAACAAAGUUGUUAAAACAAAACAAAACAUUGUUCAACAAAGUUAAAACAAAACAUUGUUCAACAAAGUUAAAACAAAAACAAAACAUUGUUCAACAAAGUUAAAACAAAACAAAACAUUGUUCAACAAAGUUGUUAAAACAAAACAAAACAUUGUUCAACAAAGUUAAAACAAAACAAAACAUUGUUCAACAAAGUUAAAACAAAACAAAACAUUGUUCAACAAAGUUAAAACAAAACAAAACAUUGUUCAACAAAGUUAAAACAAAACUUGAUAGUAAUUAAAGUUCCGACAAUCAUUCUCCAAAAAAGUUCCUAAAUUGCGUUGGUCGCCCGUAAAGUUGUAGCUCCAUGCAGGUUUUUCCACACAGAAUGCAAAGGUAGUUACGUUGCUGCCUCUUUGUCUCUGUACAGGUCAAGACAUCAACAACAGCGUCACAGAAAAGAAAGCGAACACCAGCUCAGAUGACGACGAAUUCGAGGACUUCCGUCCGCGCCUGCGCAGUCGUUCUUUGGACGACUCCAGAACUCUGGCAAGGGAAAAUGUCUUGCACAAUUUCAACCGACAGAAACGAUCCGUUCAAGAGCCAUCAAAACGUAAAGAAAGCCGACGAAAAUCCUUCGAAGUAUGGCUAACAGAUAAGGAACAAGAUACUAUACGAAAGCUUCAAAUUUUGGCGCUAGAGAGACAACAAGCGACCGAGGAUGAAGUCAAGAGAAAAGAACAACGAAGGGGAAAGACGUACGAAGAAUGGCUUGGCGAGAAAAACAACAUGGCGGCCGUGAAAAACGAAAGCUCGAGCCUCAAACAGGAUGAAACAACGAAACAAGGAAGACAAGAGAUUUCCAAGCGUCGUUAUGAUAAAUGGUUGAUGGAAAAAGAAACGCAAGCUUUGGAAGAAGAGCGGGAAAUGUUGAAGGAUGCAAAAAUGAAGACGAUUGAAAUGCGAAAGAAAUAUGACGAGAGGAAAAAGAAUAAACUUAGAUUCUUAAGAAGUUCGCUUUUUUGAUAAAGUUUUGGCGAAUGAACGAGUAAGAUGUAAUGGUGAUACGCGAUGACGUCAUACAUCGGAUUGAGUGACAUAAAAUGACGUCACCUGAUGAUGUCACAUGUUAUGGCGUCAUAUGUCAUAUGCAGAAUGACGCAACAUUUACAAAUGCUGACGCAACAUUUACAAAUGCUGACGUAAUCUGAUGAGGCCAUACAUAAAUAAGCUCGACAGUAGUUUGAUUAUGUCAUUAUGUGAUAUAUAUCAAACUUUUGAUCUUGAGCUUGGAACUCGUUUAACAAAACAAUUGGCAGUUGUUAAUCAUAUAAUUUACUGAUUUGUUGAUAAUUAAAUGUAAUUAUAAAAAAGUUGUAUCUAAUAAUUUAUAUACAUUCCUAAUUUAUUUCCAAUAUUAUAAAUAUAGUUUAAAAAUCAUUUCGAGAUCACAAUCGCAAUGGAACUAUAGUGAAAAAAUUCCUGUUCGAUUGUAAUUAUAAUAAUUAAUGUAAUGAUAAUUCAAUGUGGUCCAAAAACUAUUUCACAACGAAUUUUUCAUUUUCGAUUAUGGUUAUUGAAUUCAAGCUGUCUGCAAAGUUUCCCCACGAAAGUCACAGCCAGUCACUCAUUUUCGAAACUCACAAAGCUAACAUCAACGGGAUAAGAUCUAGAGGCUAUUUCUAACUCAAAGUCUCUGUGCCUUACGUCAUCGUCAGGAAGCUCGACUGUAGCCAUAGCAACAUGUUUGUUUCCUUGGAAACCAUACGAUGCUGACGUUGUCAUGCCAACAAUGUUCCCUUCAUGCAGCAAGGGUUCGCCUCCCCAUGGAAAAUUAUCGUCGUCAUAGCAACGCAUGGUGACGUGGACAAGCCGUUGCUUGGAAGGAUCUUCUGAUAAAAUGCCUCGGUCGGAAAUAAAUUCCGUUUUCU